AUGGACAAGCCAAAGCAAGCAUCAGCUGAUGAGACUUCUUACCUCGUCUCUCUUUCUCACUACGAUACAUCCAGCCUUUGCUCGGACUACACAUUAAGGCGCCACAAAUACGAGCCUGAGGCCAACGCUGGAUGUUAUGAAGCGAGACAAGACUGGAUCAUAUACGUCGGGCCAAUCGAAGAAUUCGGAGGAUGUAACCCUAUCAAUGGUAACUUCUCGGCUGUGGUCCUACCACUUACCAAGCCAGAAAGGUUGCGCAUGAUCGCUUAUGUGCUUGAGUAUGCAUUCCUUUACGAUAACAUGAUUGAGCUUGAGAAACCAGAAACGUCGCGUGCUGAUAAUCAAAACAAAAGAGAGUGGAAAAACACGAACCCGGCACUGGGCAAGACACAGAUUCAAGCGAAGAUCAUGAUACAGCUUGCUUCCAUCGACCAUGCGUGUACUGAACAGGUAAAAAGUGUGUGGAAAGAGAUGAUUGAUACGACUCUACGAGACAAGAACAAGUGCUUUACCCACCUGGAAGAGUACGUGAACUUCCGCAUGAUUGAUACUGGAGCGCCGUUUGUGGAAGCCAUGCUGCUGUUUGGCAUGGGUGUGACGCUCACCAAAGAAGAGGACAUUCAACUCGAGCAAAUUCGCAAGCCUUGUUACGCAGCUCUCGGCCUAGCUAAUGACUUCUUCUCCUUUGAUCGCGAAUAUGCGGACUUCGAAAAAUCUGGAAAGUCGCAAACACUGACGAACGCGGUCUGGCUUCACAUGCAAUGGUACAACAAGGAUGUAAAUGCGGCAAAAAGCAUGACUUUGGAGGCGACGAAAAGAUACGAGGAGAAGUUUCUGGGGAGCUGUGCAGAGUUUCGGCAGAAUAAUGCGCCCAUACCGGAGAAACUUGACAGAUAUUUGGACGCGCUGGCUUACCAGAUCAGCGGAAAUGUUGUUUGGAGUUUGAAUUGUCCGAGGUACCACCGAGAGUACAGAUAUGAUCCAAAUGUGGGCAUGGAAGAUGGACUGACAGCGGAGUCGCUUCAAAAGACACUUUGUCUUGAGUAUGAUGCUUAUAUACGAACCGAGGUAAAGGAAGAGCGGGAUGAAAGCUCCCGGCGUUCGUCUACCGAUUCAUCCCUUCAAGCCUCCGAAGACGACAGCUUCACAACGAGGGAUGAUGUCUCGAUCUCUUCUUGUACAUCUGUCUCUUCUUCGACCUUGAAGGACGAUCAAAUACUUGGCAAUGAUCUGUUAGGCCGAGAAAAUGUCCAGGCACCUUUCGAUUACAUCACUUCACUCCCCUCCAAAGGUGUACGAGACACCUUCACCGACGCUCUCAAUAUCUGGCUCAACGUACCCGAGACCGUCGUAUCCCGAAUCAAAUCACUAGGUAACCGUCUACACGCUGCAUCUCUUAUGCUCGAUGAUAUCGAAGAUGGGUCUAAUCUCCGACGAGGUCAGCCGGCGACACACACCGUCUUCGGUAUUGCACAAACGAUCAACUCCGGAUGUUAUGAAAUCCUCUUAGCUGUGAGUGAGGCUCAAGAAUUGGGCGCCGCAGAGGUGAAGAUUGUCCUCGAAGAACUCGCCGAAUUGCACAUCGGCCAGUCUUAUGAUCUCUUUUGGACAUAUCAUACCCAGUGUCCGUCCGAGAACGAGUAUCUGGAGAUGGUGAACAAGAAAACUGGAGGUUUGUUUCGAUUAUUGGUGCGGCUUUUGCUUGCGUCUGCAGAUUGCGAAUUGUUGCGAGUUACGCGAGGCGCAGAUAUCGAGGAGCUUGUAAGCUGUAUCGGGAUACAAUACCAGGUCCGCGAUGAUUAUCAGAACCUUCAUUCGCCAGAAUACAGUGCUCAAAAGGGAUUUUGUGAGGAUCUGGACGAGGGUAAAAUGUCCUUCCCACUCGUUCACGCGUUGAACAAUUGCGAAGACAACGCUGAACUGUAUGAGCUUCUUCGACAACGGCGGGAUAUCGGAUAUCUAUCAGAUGAGCAGAAAAGGCUUGUGCUGGGGCAACUCGACCGAGUGGGGAGCAUGAUGUACACGCGAGAUACAUUGAAGCGACUACAGGGGGAGAUUCAUGCUGGCUUGAAGAGAAUUGAGAAUGUUACUGGAAGGGAAAAUUGGAUCUUGAGGGCUUUGCUGCAGAGACUUGAGGUGUAG